GAAAAUCCACUUUAAUUCCACUAAAGAUUUCUUAAUUCCCUCUUGGAUUUUUCAUCCUUCUUCUUGUGCUGAAAAAUGAUUUAAUAAAUUCCUUCGCACAGAGUUCUUGCAAAAGUGGCCCCGAGUGUUGUGCGCGACUUUUUAUUUUAAUCCCAUCUACCAGUGUGUGAAGAUUUUGUAACAACAUCAAACUCCCCCGAUGUUCUGCGAGCUGCGACAAAUUGGUCGGCACGAAAUGUUGGAGCAUUUUCUCGCAGGAUGCAUUUUAGUUUCCCUCCUGUCCUCUUCAGGGGCUCUCUCAAUUAACACGGACAAUGAGGUUGAACUUGUGAGGACAAAUUUGGACUGCAUGGUAGGAAAUGCAACAUUUCUUCAUGGGGAAAUCUUUAAGGUGAACUGCAAGACUCAAUGUGUGUGCCAGAAUGGACGACACGCUUGCUCCUCAUUGUGCCCCCAUGAGAAUCUCACGCCACCAGGGAGUACGUUGGAAUGUCGCUCACCGAGACUUGUUGAAGUUCCCGGGUAUUGCUGCAAAAUUUGGCUCUGUGAACUUCCUCAUACUGAUGUGAACGUUACCUGUGGGAAUUCAUCUACAACCGCUUGGACAGAGUGCUCGGAGGAAUGUGGCGUGGGUAUUUCAACGAGGCACGUUGAAACAACGAUGGGAUGUCAGGAUCUCAAUGAUAUACGUCUCUGUGAGAAUAGAAAAUGCGUGAAGAAUAAUGAGGAGGAAUUGCAUUCAAUGAAGACAUUCCCCCUCAAUCCAUACAAAGUUCGGAAAGGCCAUGGAGGAUGCAGGAAGAUGCAGAAAAUGGGACCGUCUAGAAUUCGGUUGGGGCCUUGUGUUUCGCGACGAUUGUAUCGCCCAAAGAUUUGUGGCCUCUGCCAGAAUUCCAAAAUGAACUGUGUGCCUUCGUUAUCUACAACUAUACAAGUAGAAUUUUUAUGUCCACUCAAUUCGGGAGAUCCAAUCAGUUUCAUUGAGGCUGGAUAUGAUCUAUGGGACAAUAGUUGGCUGGAUCCCAUUGAUCAGGAACUCCUCCAUUCCCGGAAUAUUCAGAUGGAGAACAAAUUUAUUGCCGUUCAGUGGAUUCUCAAGUGUUCUUGCGGAUCAACGUUCUCAAUGCUGAAGAAUAUGAUUUACAGUGAAUAUGAAAAUAUGUAAUUUUUUGUGGACACACAAGGUGCUUGAUGACGAUCACGAAACAUAUCUAAAAAAAAACAAGAGAAACAAAAAAAAUAUUUAGAAUACAAAAUCAGUAGAAUAGUGGUGACUCUCUACCACGAAAGAAAAUGUCUAAAUUUGACCAAAAAAAAUAUUCCUUUUUGGCAUAAUUCGAAUGAUUUUAUUUAAAUAUGUGAUAUAUUUAUUUAGCUUACACGAAAAAAAAAGAAAAUCCUUUCUCUUUUAGGCUUAAGCAUAUAUUGAUUGCACAACAUAUACCCACUAGUAGGAUUAUAAGGGGAAUUUUUGCAUUUAGCAGAAAGAAAAAAAUACAACAAAAUGAAACCAAAACUGCAUGAGAGAAUAUUAAAAAAAAUGGUUUCAAAUUCUACCAAAAAAAAAAUGAACAAAACUUUACACGGGGGGAGGGUUUUCUUUUGUGCCUCACGAAAUGCUUUGACCACGCUGCACUAAAUUUCAGUGGCAUGAUUUAUUUUUAACUUCCUCCACAGUUUGAAUACUUAAUUGUUUCAGCGACAUUAUACUUUGCAAAUUUUAUCGCUGCACGAUGGAGGUUGUUUGGGAAGUUUUGGGAAAGAUUUUUGAUUUUUGAAGCACAAAAAUUAAAGCUAAAGAAACUUCUAAACAAUCUCCAAUACCUCAUUUAUUUAAUAGGCUUUGAGCUUUUCUUUCCUCUUGAAUUCUGCGGUGGUUAAGCUUUAAAUUUUCCUUCUAAUAAAUUAUUAUUCUUAUUAAAGUAUUCAUGACGUCAAGGACAAAUCACUGCAACGACGUAACACUUAAAAGUGAUUAUUUUUGAACACGAUAGUUAAUGUUUGAAAGCAAUAUUAAGAUGACACAAAAUGAUGAAUUAAGUGGUUUGAAUUUUCUUUUGUUCAAAAUAUUUUGGGCACAAAGUUAAUUAAGUAAAAAAACAAGGAAAGGGAGAAAAUUGUAUAAGAGGAAUGAUACGUAUAUACACACACGGUGUCUCACAUAUCUUUAUAAAGAAAAUUAAAAGAGAAAAAAAACACAUUUUACACGUCCUAUUUGUGAGAUAAGAACAAGAGUGGAUUAUAAAUGGCUAAUAUGGGAAAAAUGAUAAGAUUGUGUAUAAAUUAUAUUCAUAAAUAUAGUUAACAAGCUGUAUGCAAAGUACACCAAAUGACACGAUAAAAUUCACCACAUUUCACUGCAAGAGAUGGGAGCAUCCGUGCAUUGAUUCAUAUUAAUUUAUUUUUGUUAAUUUAUUGACGAAAAAUAGCAUUGCUUAUGCAGGAUUGUAGUAGAGAAUUGAAUAUUUCGUCGUCUUCAAGAUAGAUGGCGUUGUAUAUUUUAUGCCGACAAUUUAGUCAAAAGAUUCUGUGUUGUUCUUUCUUUUUUAUCCACGUUAUCAGGAAGGGAAAUCAUUAGUUUAAUCAUUUGUGAUUUAGUUAUUUUAAAGAUUCACUUGUCUGACAGACUUAAGAAGACUUUGUUAGGAAAAAAAUAAGAAAAUCAAGCAAAAUAAUGAAGAAUUUCAUUGAAAAAUGUGUAUUUUGCUCGAUUCAGCCUAAUUGAAGAAAUCUAAAGUUUCGCUUCAAAAAAACGUAAACUCUUAAUUUUUCUUAGGAAAUUUUUAGUUUUUUCUUAAGGAAUCUUAAGAAAUUUUAAAAGUCUGUCUGACUAGUGAAUUUCUAGUGGCUGAUAGUUCUAAGAAAAAUAUCAAUAGAAGACUUGUCACACCAAAGUUCUAAGAAUUUAAAACUUUUAAACUCCUGCUUAAGUCAGAGCAGCAACAUUUUUUUUAUUUCCCAUGUAAAAUGUUUAAGAUCUUUAAGAUCAAGUUCUUGAAGCUUCUGCUUCCGUGUAAGUCUUAAUCUUCUGAAUUAUUCAUAAAUUUUGAUUUGUUCUUCACACCUUGAUAUUUAAUGAACUUCAACUGUUUAAAACGUUCUCUUGUAUCAAAAAUAAGGCUUAAAAAAAACUUUAAGCAAAAAAAAUUAAGUUUCUGCUCAAUUCUUAAAUUCCUGAGCUAUAAUUUAGCCGCCCCAAUUGCCUAAUUUGCUGUUCCAAGACAGCAUCGCUAGACAUCGUUAAAAUAUAGUUAGAUUGAUGAUUUUUCCGAAGACUACUUCUCUUAUCAAUAAUUUUGAGCGCCAUCUAUCUUGAUAAACGCUCAUUACUCAAAUACAUUACUAUUUUACUUUUAAAACAAUGAUGAUUUGAUACCUUGAGGUAUACAUUUAAGCACAUUUUUAUAACUACACCAUACUGAUUAUAUAAUUAAAUUAAUUUUAAAAUGAAACAUGAUAUAAUUUUCUACUGCUGAUUAAACAAAUAUCCAUCAAAGUUGUGGAAAAGUUAUUUUAUUUUAUAUUUACUUAUUGGCAAAAUAAAAUUCUGGUUUAUGUGAGAUUUUUCUCGUGAUCCACACGAUCAUAUUCUUGUAUGUACCACAAAAUCGGAUGCUUCAAAAACUUGCACGGAAAGAAACAAAAAAAUAGAGACACAAACACGAAAAAGAAAAAUUCCAAAUGCAAACAUUUAAACAGAAGUGAAGAAGAGGAAAAAAAAUAGUGAUUGUUGGAUUUGUGUGAAUUGUAAUUUCCGAGGAAGAUGAACAAUAAGAAAAAAAAAGAAGCACCUGUA